GUUCAUUCCCAGGUGUUCAUUAUUCUUGUUGUGAAAAAUCCUGAGGUUGAUUCGAAAUCAUGUCUUGUUUUCACUUAAGAAAAUAGUGAAAUAUUACCUGUAAUCUAGUGAAAACAUACUAAGUGGGCUUUGAAAACGAUGUUUAAUUUAUUUCCAUGCAAAAAUCAUUGAUGCAUCUAUUAGAAGUAACGUUUUAUUGUAAAAGAGUGCAGUUCAAAAAAAUUGCUGAAAAAUAAGAUGGCCUAUUCUAGCCACAUCAGCGAUAUUGUCAAUCUUAACGUUGGUGGGACCAGGUUUUCCACAUCCCGUCAAACACUUACAUGGGUUCCGGAUACGUUCUUCACAUCACUACUCAAUUCCGAACGUAAUGGCCGUAUUUCAAGCUUACGUGAUGAAACCGAUGCCAUUUUCAUCGAUCGGGACCCAAAACUAUUCUCCAUAAUCCUUAACUACUUGAGAACCAAGGAAAUCGACAUCAAAUCUUGUGACAUCCGAGUGUUACGCCACGAAGCAGAAUUUUACAACAUAUCUCCACUAAUUAAGCGACUAAUGUUGUGCGAAGAAAUGGAUCAGUCUAGUUGUGGAGACGUGCUAUUCUACGGUUAUCUCCCAGCACCGAACAUUCCCAUCCAGGAAGUUGUACUGCCGUCUUCGUCGACCAGUUCCGUCAGUUGCGUUACAGCUUGCAAUACCUCAACUGGAUCUAACGGAUCAACACAAUCGGCAGGUGUCACGAAACAACCAACUGAUUCGUUUCCAUCAAUCGCCUCGAAUCCUGCCCCAUCUGCAACUCAACCAAAUGUACCAGGGCCAUCUACAGCAAAUCCAAUUGGAACUUUAUGUCAUCCGUCUUCGAAUCCACGCCCAGGAUCGAUGGUACGUGUUCCGGAAUUCUCGCAAAGUUCCGGAUCCUCUGGAAGUAGCGCUGGAGGAGCAAGUGGUUCACGACACACUGGCCAUUCCCGGAAUUCGUCGUGGGACCUGCGUGUGUCCUAUAAUGGUAACGGAAGAAAUUCUCAGUGGGUCCCAGGACAUUCACGAACCGCUUCGUUGGAUAUGAUGCGGCACCAUUCUCGAAACUCUUCUGUUGAUCUGAAUAAAUACAUUCGAAACGAUGUCGGUCUGGUGUUCGGUCCAAGCCAAUCGUCCGGCUGGACGGAUCCAAUGCGUGUUCAAAUUAUCAAAGCUCACCACAACUGGAUAUUGGUAGCCUAUGCUCAUUUUGUUACUUGUUACCGUUUGAAGGACUCCUGUGGAUGGCAGCAGAUAUUCGUUUCUCCUUAUGUCGAGCAAACGAUCGAACGAAUCGCAAUCAAUGCAAAAAUGGGCCUGGCCACUUCGGCCGGCGAGCAGUCACACAGUAAAAUGGUAGCAAUCUCGUACGGCAGUCAAAUCCGACUGUGGGGAAUCUCGGACGAUGGCAGCAAGAGCGACGUGGGCGUCUUCAAUUUGAACGUCCGGGUUGAGUAUCUGUUCUUCAUCGGCAGCCAACUGGUGGCCCUUUCGUCAUCCGGAAAAAUCGGUGUCUGGCAUGCAAUGACCCAGCACUGGCAAAUACAGGAUCUUGUACCGAUUCUCUCAUUCGACACUGCCGGUUCGUUUCUGCUACUGGGCUGCAACAAUGGUUCGAUUUACUACAUUGAUAUGCAAAAGUUUCCACUUCGUAUGAAGGAUAAUGAUCUGUUAGUUACUGAACUGUAUAAAGAUCCAUCAAACGAUUCAAUUACGGCUAUUUCAGUAUAUCUGACACCCAAGACUACGAGUCUGUCAGGUAAUUGGAUCGAGAUCGCUUACGGUACCAAAUCGGGUUCCGUACGAGUGAUCGUGCAGCAUCCGGAAACGGUAGGCCAUGGGCCCCAGCUGUUCCAGACGUUCACCGUACACCAAAGCUCCGUGACGAAGGUGACACUGUCGGAGAAAUUUCUUAUCUCGGUGUGCAGUGAGUACAACCACGUACGUACCUGGCAGGUCACACGGUUCCGCGGCAUGAUCUCAACCCAGCCGGGUUCAACGCCGGAGGCUUCUUUCAAGAUCGUAUCCCUAGAGGCUGUUGAUUCUACCUACAGUUAUUCCGCCGGCAACGAUUUUGGACCCUUCGGUGAGCAGGAUGACGAGCAAAUCUUUGUACAGAAAGUUGUUCCGGAUACGGACCAGCUGUAUGUGAGACUUGCAUCAAACGGAGAACGUGUCUGUCUGAUUCGAUCGGUUGAUGGAACCACGAUUACGUCGUUCUGUGUUCACGAGUGCGAAGGAUCAUCCCGGAUGGGUUCGAGACCGCGCCGAUUCAUUCUUUCAGGGCACUGCAAUGGCGCCAUUCAGAUGUGGGAUCUUACGACAGCACUGGAAAUUUUCAAAAAGAAAGAUCAACACAAAAAACUGGUGGGAGGACCUACAGCAGAUGAAUUGAUUCGAUUGCUGGACCAGUGUGACCUGAGCAACAGUCACUGCUCGACACCGUGCAUGUCGCCAUGUCCUUCUGCAGCCUCAGUGGGAGUAGCCACCGUAGCUAGACUGAAACCGUUCAAUGUUGCGUUCCUGAACCAAUCAGCGGCCGCAGGCGCAGCUGGGCCUGGCUGCGGUAUUCCUAAUCCGGACCAACCAAACUGAUGGAUGCUACGACGACGUAGAGGUAUUUGAAAGUGGUUAUGCUGUUAUCUGCAGAUCUAGAAAUUUGACAGGCAGCGAAUUAUCUCUGUUAAAACCUCGUACUGUACUGCGAACAGGAUAGCACGUUUAUAUUCUCUCAUUGUGAUUUUAUUCUUGUAACGGUUGAAAACAGUUCAUCACUAGACCGGUUACUCUAUAGUGAGCAGUUCUUACUAUCGACGUUCAGAAGAGUUGUUUUGAGCUAUACGUAUCCAGUAGUACUAUAAACAAUAACUAUGACAUUAGCAGAUAUUUUAAAUUUAGUCAAUUCAAUACGUAGAGGAAAAAUAUAUUUUUACUUAAAAACGUUA